CCACGGGGCCGGUGCCUCGCCGGGGCGCUGCAGGGGAUGUCCCGGCCCACCAGGAGCGCGCUGCGGCCGGGAAGGGCCGGUGGGAGCCGAGCUCGCCACGGCCAGAAUCCCGGGAGCGGGGGAGGCAGCCUCGGCCCUGCACAGCGCUCUGCGCCCGAGGGUGUGGAACGGCAGCCCCUGGUGAAGGUCCCCAGCUCUGUCACGGAGCACGGAUGCGCCCCUCGGAGCCCCAGCGCGGCCCCUCCCAGCGUCACGGUGUGGCUCAGGGAUGUGCAGCUCUGGCUCCAAUACACCGCAAUGGAUCUUUGUCUUCCCUGGGUUGUGCUCCUCCUGCCUCCCUGCCUGCAGUGCAGCGCUGAGCCUGGCGCUGCUCGGGGAGAGCUGCUCCUGUGGCAGUUCAGUGUCGCUCUGCCCCCCUUCCUCCCUCAGCUGCAGCUCCUGCGUGCAGUUCUGCAUCUCUGCAGCUGGGCAAGGCCUGGCACCUGCUGGUCAGAAGCAUCUCCUCGUUUCUUGGCAGCACAUCACCACUGUGCAGCCCACUGCCUGCUGCCUUGCCUAGGGCAAAAACACUACAAAUAAGCACAAACUGAAUGAAAAGUGUAGGAAUGGAAAGCUGAUAGCAAGGAGGAAUCUGACCUGGAAAGAGAAGGAUGGAGGUGCUGUCAGCAGAGCUACUCCAGGAGGAGGAGGAGGUUACCAGAAAAGUGAAGGAGGAAGAGCAUCCCUCACCCUGCAGUAGCACCGACGCUGGUGGGGAGUGCUGGUGCUGCAGGCAGGGCACUGAACAGGGCACUGCUGGGCAGGGCCAGCCCAAAGCUGAGACAGCGUGUCCUACACAGAGCCCUGCUCCCUUCUGACACCUGGGCAGUGCUGGUGGCAGCCAGAGGGCACAGGCAGUCAGUCUUGUGGCUGGGUGGUAAGACCUGCACUGGGACAGGGUAGGUGGUGGGGAGUGGCUGCAGCCUUGGGACUUUGCUUUCCCACAUCUCCAGCAGCCACUGACAGCCCAAAAGAUGGUGAAUGGUGGUGCUCAUUGGGUGCUGCUGUCAUGUUAUGGGCCAUGGGAGAGCCAAGGGGCAAACACACUGCAACAGUCCUCACUGGUCACUGGUCCCUAAAAGAGCAGAGCAUGUGCAUCCUUCCUAUGGAGAUGCCACUGCAGGAGCCGGCAGGUUUUUGUUGGUACAUUUUUGUUUUGUUUUGUUUUACCCACUGGCUUUGCAAGCAGUUCUGCACCUCCCAGGUCUUCCUACAGGCAGAAGUAGGAAGGCCCUAUCCCUGGCAGUGGUCCCAGUGGGGAGUGGUGCUGCAGGACCAGCAGUGCCCCUUCACUGCACUCAGUACUGGGCAGGGCAGGGUGGGCACAGGGCAGGCUGUGUGCUGCUGCAGCCCCAGCUUGUGUCACGCUCUGUUGCCCAACAGCCUCCCAGGCCUUCAGGAGGGAGAAGUAGAAAUGCUCAGAAACACCGUGGAACUUGAUGACUCCGGAUCCAUAUUUCCUGCAUUCAGUUCUGUUGUGUGAGCCAUCAGAAGGGCAAUGCCCUGGCUCACUGGUUUCUAUGGGAGGCCAUGGUCCAUGGAACAGAGGAAACUGCUCUUCAGAUGGCUGAAGCGCUGGGGGCUGAACUGCUACAUGUACGCACCCAAAGACGAGCUGAAGCACCGGCUGCUCUGGCGAGAGCCUUACACACAGCAUGAGGCAGCCCAGAUGCAGUCUCUCAUCAAGGCUGCCCAGGAGCACGACGUGGAGUUCAUUUUUGCCAUUUCUGCUGGCCAGGACAUCGUGUUCUCAAGUGCUGGGGACAGGCUCCUGCUGCAGCAAAAACUCAGGCAGGUGGCCGCCCUGGGGUGCGGUGCCUUCGCGCUGCUUUUUGAUGACAUCGAUCCCUGCAUGUGCCGCGCUGACAGAGACGUCUUCCCCUCCCUGGCACAGGCACAGGCCUCUGUGGCCAACGAGGCGUACCGGGAGCUGGGCCUGCCUCCCACCUUCCUCUUCUGCCCCACAGAGUACUGCAGCUCGCUCUGCUCCCCCAGCCCUGCCAAGUCCCGUUACCUGCAGACCCUCGGCCGGGAGCUGCUCCCAGAGAUAGGGGUCAUCUGGACAGGCCCGAAGGUGGUGUCCCAGGAGCUCUCGGUUGCGUUGGUGGAGGAGGUGGAGCAUGUCCUGCAGCAUCGCCUCCUCAUCUGGGACAACCUCUUUGCCAAUGACUACGACUGCCGACGUGUCUUUCUGGGCCCCUACACGGGCCGUGCCCCUGGCUUAGUGCCCCGGCUCUGCGGGCUGCUCCUCAACCCCAACUGUGAGCUCCAGGCCAACUUCAUCCCCAUCCACACUUUGGGCAGCUGGUUCCGCAGUGAGCUGUGCGCCCACACCAACAGCACAGGGACAGAGGCUUCAGCAGAGCCAGGGGAUGGCCAGGGCCCGCAGGAGGGUUACAGCCCUCAGAAGGCUCUGGAGCUGGCACUACUCGACUGGGUGGCUGAGAUAAAGCAGCAGGUGCUGGAAGCAGGAGGAAGAACUCCGCUGCACCCCAGCCCUGGCUGUGAGGAAGAAGCAUGGUUGCAUCCUGGCACAGCAGGAGGGCAGGACACCCUUCUUGGCCCCCAGCCUUGUGACACUGCUCCCAGUGGGGCAGACCAGCAUGAACCUGAGCCCUGUGCCGUGACACCAGCAAACAGAAAGAGGAAGGCAACCUCAGUGCCUGAAGAGGGCAAUGGGAGCAGGGCCUCCACUGGUGGCCCACAGAGCCCUGCAGGGGAUGGGGACCAGCUCUCUUCAGGUAGCAGAGCGAGCUGUGAGCCCCUCUCUGCUGUGCCCACCACAGCAGGGAGUGACAGGUCUGCAGGAGCUCCUGUGGCUGAUGAGACCCUCCACAGCCCGGGGACACCAGUGUGCAGCAGCAGCGGGGCCAGCACCUGCCAAAGCACUCCCCUGGACAGCAGUGAUGCCAGGGAAAGGGGCAGCAGCCCUCCUGGCAGCCCCCAGUCUGGGGCCAGCACUGCUGAUGUGCUCCAGAUACCCUCAGGGUCGAGGGCUGACCCCAGCCCUGGCCCCAUCUCACGGCUUGUUGAUGGGGCCUCCACCAGCCCUGUCCCCACAGCACUGCUCACUAAUGGGACUGCUGUGAGCCCUGUCUCCACUGUACCACUGAUCUCAGAGGAGGCCGGGUCUGACUCCAGUGCCCCACUGACCGUGGAGGAGGUGCGGAUGCUGGUGGAGCUCUUCUACCUGCCCUACCAUCAUGGGCCGCAGGCGCAGCAUCUCCUGGAAGACCUUCAGUGGCUCCGGGCCAACAUUCCCAGCAUGGGAGUCCCCAGCAGAUCACCAGACUCCUGUGUGGUUGCAGAGUGGCGCAGUCGUGCCCGCUCCUUCCAGCAGCUCUGUGCCCAGACGUGCUGCCUGCACAGCCGCUUUGUUUGCAGCGCGGGGCAGGCGCUGCUCUACGACCUCCACCCCUACCUGUGGGACAUCCGCAACCUGCUGCUGGCUGCCAGCGCCUUUGUGCUGUGGUUGGAUGGCCGCCUCCUGUGUGACCCUGACCACAAGGGCACCUGGGGAAGCUGCUUUGGCUGGUGCCAGAGCAUCACUGCCCCGCUCUUCCCAGGGGAGGAUGCUGAGCCCUGGGUGUGCCGUGGGGGUCUCUUUGGAGAGCUGCAGGCACUGCUGCCCGUGGGGAACAGCUGUGACCUCUUUUGCCACCCACCUCCACUCUUCCCAUCCCGACAGCUGUACCUCCUGCGCCCGCUGCUGCCCCAGGACAAGGGAAAGCUGUACCAAAUGUGCCGGGAGGCUCUGUGCGCUGAGCCCAGCACUGCGGAGGUCCUCACGGCCCACCCCGACCUACUGGGUGACAGGGUGCUCGGCAGCUUCCUGAGCCUCAGCCCUGAGUACACCUUUGUGCUGGAGGAUGAGGGCGGCCCCUGUGGCUGUGCGGCUGGAGCGCUCUGUGCUGAACGAUUCUUGCGAGAGCGUGACAGCAGCUGGCUGCCGGCCAUGCAGCGCAGGUACCCCCGGGAGCUGGGGGUCCUGGGGCAGAGUGCUCUGGAAGAAGCACUGCUCUUCUUCCACACGAAGCCGGUGGCCGUGCCGCUGCCCGUGCUGCGACGCUUCCCCUCCCUGGUGCAGCUGGACACGGCCCCGCGGGUGCAGGACGUGGGUGCCAGCCGCAGUCUGGCUGUCAGCCUGCUGAGCGCCCUCAGAGCUAAUGGCUCCCGGGGAGUGUUUUGCCAAGUCAAUGCUGCAGACCACCAGCAGCUGAGCUUCUACAACAAGCUGGGCUUCGUCGCACUGCCCUUGCCCUGGCCCAGCUCCCCUGGCACACGGCUCCUGGGACGUCUCCUCUGAGCGAACAGGCACGGGGCAGCACCACGGGGCCCAUCCUAUACAGGAUCACUGCAUGGCUAGAGGGAUCGGGGGUGCGGAGCUUCUCAGGCAGGGCAGGGACAUGGGUGUGUGGCCUGGGGGUGAGCGAGGUGCUCCUGGGGUGUGUGCAGGUCACCAACAUGUGGGCUCGAUGGCAAGAGAGAAGCACGUCUGCCCUUCUGGGAGAUAUGGACACUGCGGACCUUCACUCUUGCUGGCUGAGCAUCCUGCAGCCACGCAGGGCAUCCCUGGGCUGUGCAGAGCUCCCAACCCACGAGUGCAGGGUGGUGGUCCUGGAACACAGCACUGUAUUGUGCCUGUCCUGUGGGUGGGGCUGCCCAGUUCUUCAUGUUGGUGUGGACCCAGGUUUGGAGGCUGGGGCUGGUUCUCUGCACCCAGGAGCUGCCUGUCUGCGUGGGUCAAGCACAAGACCCCAUUCUGCUGCCUGAGGACUGGAGAAAGCGCUGCCUAUGGUAAUAAAGCAUUUGCUGACCUCA